CUUCUCUUUUCAUGACAGCAAUAGUUUUCUGCCUGAUCCUCCGUCCUCGCCCUGAUCGCGAGAGCAUGCACGCUCAACACCAAUUCCGCGCCUGAACGAAUCUCGCGUUUGCGACAACUUGGUGCGACCGCGUCGAACACGUGCUGCAGCACUAGCUACUCAGCUCUCCCGCGCACGUCCGGCAGGCAGCAAACAGGAAAGGACGACACUGCGCGACACACGACCAGAGACUGGACACAGUCGCGCAUUCCGGCUGUGACACUACUUCUCCCACCGAUAGGACGAUCGCCAUCAGGCAGCCAUGACCAAAUCGAAGAAGGACAUCAAGUUCAACCACCGGGAACGGAGGUUGAGCAAGAGCAGCAUGUCAGACAUCAACUACGAGUCGCCCAACGAGUCGAGAAGCCCGACGCGAAGAUUGAAUGCAUCGAAGAGCAGUGACCGUAAUGGGUCCGUCAGCAGGUCGCGGGAAGACAUUAGGCCAAUCGCGGAGAGAACAGACACGACCGCGAGUGGGUGGCAGACGGAGAAUGAGGACGAGAAAACAGAAGUCAAGCCCCAGUCCGAAUAUGAGAAGAAGAAACAGACCUUCAUCACACGGGCAAUAUGGACCUUCGUGAUGAUCGCCAUUUUCUUCAUCGGCAUGUUCGCAGGCCACAUCUACAUGAUUAUCAUCGUGACCGCGUGCCAAAUCAUCUCCUUCAAAGAGGUGAUCAACAUCGCCAACGUUCCAAGCAGAGCCCGAUCACUUCGAUUCACGAAAACACUGAACUGGUAUUUCCUCGGAACGACAAUGUACUUUCUCUACGGCGAAAGCGUCAUAUACUACUUCAAGCACAUUGUUCUGAUCGAUCGAGUGCUACUCCCAUUUGCGACACACCAUAGAUUCAUCAGCUUCAUGCUCUACAUUCUGGGCUUCGUAUUCUUCGUUGGCUCGCUGCAGAAAGGCCACUACAAAUUCCAAUUCACACAGUAUGCCUGGACCCAUAUGGCCCUCUACCUGAUUGUGGUCCAAGCACAUUUCAUUAUGAACAACAUCUUCGAAGGCAUGAUCUGGUUCUUCCUGCCUGUCAGCUUGGUCAUCAUCAAUGAUAUCUUUGCAUACAUUUGCGGAAUUACUUUUGGCCGGACACAAUUGAUCAAGCUCAGUCCCAAGAAAACUGUCGAAGGAUUUGUCGGUGCGUGGAUCUGUACCAUCCUCCUGGGCUUCUUCUUCACCAACAUCCUCAUGCGAUCGAAAUACUUCAUUUGCCCGGUUAACGACCUCGGAGCGAACAUUUUCACCGGCCUCGAGUGUGACCCCAACCCAGUCUUCAUUGCGCACACCUACUUCUUGCCAUUCAUUCCACACAGCUGGGACUUCCUUCCGCAGACCGUGGUGAUCUCGCCGAUUCAAUUCCACAUCAUUGUACUGGCUUCCUUUGCAUCCCUGAUAGCGCCAUUCGGCGGUUUCUUCGCCUCAGGUCUCAAGCGCACCUUCAACAUCAAGGACUUCGGCGACUCGAUUCCGGGACACGGAGGCAUGACGGACAGGAUGGAUUGCCAGUUCAUCAUGGGUUUCUUCAGUUUCAUGUACUACCAGAGCUUCAUCGCUCAACACAAGGCGAGCGUGGGCGGAGUCUUGGAGACAGCAAUCACUGGUCUCUCGGCUGAUGAGCAGAUCGCGUUGGUCAAGGGCCUCACUCAACACCUCUACAACCAAGGACAUGUUGGGCAUCAGGUGAUAGACUACCUGAGCGAGAACCUCGCGGCUGUGCGUUUGGCCAGGAGGUGAAGUUGAAGCGUUUGAUUGCCAAAGACCACAGUUUCGAUUCUGCAGUUUGUGAACGAUUGAUUGGUAUGAUGUGCAUGGGUAGUGAGAGCUGUACACCGUCUCACCAAUGACUAGAUGCACAUGAGAAGCCGCAUGAGCUAUAUCGUGUGAGCUCUAGGAGGUACUUGUGCUGGAGCAACCACGUUUUCUGCCGCGUGCUGCUUGGCACGUCGAUUUCAACCACUGUGCCUGCCCAUCUGAUAUCCAACUGCAUGCCGAGUCAAGCACAAUGGCCAAUUUCCCCUUGCACAAACCUACUCCACAGCUCAGCUGAGGCUCAUGCCCACAAUCCUGCAGCAUUGU